AUGCAUGACCUCAGACAAGCAGAGUCAAGUGCAAGUUAGAGACAAACGGAAACCACAUUGAAAAAAUAUAUUGUGUUGAAAUGAAAUGAAUAAAUUACAAGGAUGAAAUUACUGGUAACUGAGAAAGAGGGGGGCGUAAGGGGGGUUCGAAAACCGCAAAACCGCACAGAAAUACGCCAAAAAACCGCAAACCGCAUCGGAUUUUUUCCCGAAUACCGAAACCGCGCAUACAUUUAGGCCACAAUAUGAAAGCUGACGUCAGCAAGACUUGUGAUUUAUUCUGAUAACAUUGUGCGUUAGUAUUAAACAUACCAUCAUAACGCUAACGAUAUAUUGUACUACACUACUAUACUCUAUUUACUACUAACCAAAUGCCAAGUAUGCUGGUCAGGUUACUUGAACGAGUAUCGAUUAUCUCCCUUGACUUUGAAAAACUCUGUCACUGAUUCUGUACGUCUUACAUUGGGUGACUGAUUACUUUGGACGACCCUGUGCUAGUUGUGGAACGUGGAAAAAAUGUUUCUUCUGGAAUUGUGACCUUCUUCAGUUCUUGUCUCGUAAAGAGUUCACAUUCAGUGGAGAAGACGAUUGUUAAAACGUACAGCUCUUCUGAAAUUCUCCCCUUCCUUUCCUUCUUCAUAGAAGAUUGCCACACAAUUAAUUACUAAGUCCUCUUCGCUUUCAGUUGCGACCUCGACGACCUCAGUUGCCACUGUCGCGCAUUGAAUCAAAGCAACGAGAACAUGAGGCUGUACGGUUGUACGAGCUAACAUCCGGCAUGGAAUUUCACGAAGUCGACGCAUCAUUGGCCAAAACGGUUAAUCACAUUAAGUAUUAACUGGAAAAGGCCGUAAUUGCAAACCACAGAGUUAAAUUGUAAGCUGAUAUAAUGAACCCUCAUGCGUUCAGUUGUAAAACAAAACACUUGGCUCGCACUUGCAAAGCAACCGGAUGCUGACCGUUCUAAAGAAUGUUAUCACCGCAGACACUUUUUUUUCCACCGAAAACCGCGACUUAAAGGUUGUAAUAACCGCAAACCGCUUAGUGUUUUGAAACCGCAAUACCGCGAGUUACAAUAAAAAUUACCGCAAAACCGCACCAAAAAUAACGCAAAACCGCAUCACCGCAAACCCUUACGCCCCCCUCGAGAAACAGUCAAUGAAUAAGGAAUAUAUUAGAUCAAAGUAUUCCACUAAUACCAACACUAUUGCUGUUCGGUUAAAGUACACUCGACCCAUUCGGUCGAUCACUGUUUUCGUAUAUCGUUUUCAUUUUUUUUUCUAAAAUAACUUAUUUACUACCACAUUAAAUCAGAUGGGCUGGGCUCUUUUUCCCUUUCGUCCUUGACAAUGUUAUUGCAACUAGUGCGUCCCAGCAGAUUUCCUUUCAUGUCACCGAUCGCCUGUUUCUGAUCAUUCACUCCAUUCUCGGAGCGUUUUUGUUACCCUGCGUUUUUGUAAACUUACGCCCCCGCAUGAAAAAACCGUCUUCACGACAAGCUGCCCUUGAGUCUUUUUGGGAUGUUAUUUCUCAGACACUUUCGGUGAAAUUUGGUGGUAGGUUGCUAUAAAAAUGUGACAUCAUUAGAGCCUGACCGAGGCCAGGCCAUAUUCAGGCCAAGAUGCGAGAUUUCGCAAUUUUGCGUAAAAUUUCCUCAGUAUCGGAUUUAAGAUUGUACUAAACAGUGUUGCGAAAUGUGCCAUGUUCAGCGGCGGUCCGCAACACUUGAUCAAGGAUAAGUUUGUAGUUGUAAAGAUGCCAUUAAAUACCCACAUACAAGAUGAAGUUAAAUUAGACGAACUGCUUUACAUAUCUUCUUUAUUCUGUGUGAAAGAUAGAAUAAUAUACACAAUUCUAACUACAAGAGAAAUAAUUAGACUCGUUUUACAACGUCCUUAGAUAAAGUUAUUUUGGCCCUCCUUUAAAACCACGUGGGUGUUUGCUAGGAUGACCUCGUCGAUUUCCUGAGCGAUUUGCAGUCAUAUAUUUAUGGUUUUAUGAUCAUCAAACAUGAGGAAAUUGAAUAAGACCUUCUAAGCUGUGCCGAUAUGACGUCAUCCGUAAACAAGAUUUUUUGAUCAUCCUUAAAAUAACGUCAACUUUCUUUCCAGCGGGCCUCGGUUCGCUAACCUUGGGCAUGGCAUGGUUUGCCAGUCCGCUGCCUGGCUAUCUCUGUGAUCGUUUUGGCUGUCGUAUCACGAACUUCCUGGGAGCAGCGUUGUGCAUGACCGGCUUGGUGGUAUCGUCAUUUGCUAAGAGCCUCACUCACAUGUACGUCACCCAUGGUCUGAUAAUUGGCUUAGGAAUAUGUUUUAUUUACAACUCCUGCUAUCUUGUAAUCGCACAGUACUUUAAAAAGAAGUUGUCCAUGGCAACUGGUAUUGUAGCUUUAGGGGAAAGCACUGGCGUCUUUUUCACAGGUCCGUUGCUUCAAUUUCUUUUGGAUUCGUUUGGAUGGAGAGGCACUUACAGGAUCAUGGUCGUGGCUUUCGCCCUUGUCUGCCUCCUGGGCUUGACUUACAACCCAAACAUACAAUUGCAGGAAACUAAAGUUCUCGAUUUAGCAAAAAAUAAUGAGGACAAUAAAGAAGAAAGAAGUAGCUUUUCUCUUUACUGCAGCGUGUGGAAAAUUCCUACUUUCGUUGUGGUUGCCAUUUCUUUAAUGGUUACAGCAUUUGCGAUAUACAUUCCAUUAAUAUAUCUGGUAAGUCUUUUUUACAUAAUAACUGGACUUAAAAAACAUUCAUAGGGUGGUACAAUGGGGUAGUUGUAGCCCAAAGCCUCACUGAUUUUUACUGCGACGAGCUCUAUCAGAUAAUUAAUAGGAUCAGUUUAGAAUCACAUUUACUGCAAACUGCCAACUCACGUGUUGGACGCGGUUCGAGCAAAUCGCACGAAGUCGAGAAUGUAAAAGAGUCCUCUUUUACUUUUUCGUCUUCACUUCUUAAAUCUUCCUUACAAACGCUGCUUAAAGUAUGCUACUACUAAUCACUACUCCUAUUUACCGUGUACGUAACAAGCCGUAUUCGUAACUUUGCUCCCUUGUUCGAUUUCCGAUACGUCAACUACUCGUAGGUAAACACUGUACCGCAAACGCGCACCUUCCAUGAAGUAUUCUGUACUGACUGACCAAUGAUAUACUGACUGGUUUGAUUAUUUUUAUAGGUGAAGUAUUCAGAGGAGAAUGGAAUAAGCGCCCAAGCUGCUUCUCGCUUAUUUAUUUUUAUUGGUCUUGCUUCAUCCCUUGCAAGGAUCGUAACAGGAAAGUUGUGCAACAACAAGAAAGUAAAUUCCAUCUUUACUUAUCAGGCAUCCAUGCUAUUGGCUGCUCUUUCCGUAUUUUUGCUUCAGUUUGCUGCCACAAAAUACUGGUUGUUAAUCGUCUUCAGCUUUAUCUAUGGCUUCAGCGAUGGAAUUUUCAUGACAUCAGCUGUGUAUACUCAGCUAACCUGUGUGGAUGCUAAAAGAGUAACAGCGUCCUUCUGUACUAGCAACGUACUUUAUUCAAUAGCUGCAGCUGCUGGUAGCCCAAUUGCUGGUGAGUUAAUAUCUGUAAUGAGUCUUUUUGGCUUGUAUGUUCUCUUUCUUCCAAUUCAGGCGACCUGAUGUUCUCAAGAGAGUUUGAACUUAUAUCUUUUUAAGCCUCGUGCAAUGAAAAUGGACGCAACAUUGUUGGCCAGCAACUCCCAACAAUAACUCAACAACAAUUUUGCGUCCGUUUGCACAGGGCUUUAGCUCUUUAUUCAUGAUCAUACGCGCGUGGACAGGACGAAAUUUGAAAUAAACGGGAAUGUGGGGUAACAUCACACGGUCUGAAAAAGGAAAACAAAGCAUUUGAAACAGUCUAAUGUAAUGAUCUAAAUAGCUGCCUGCUAUGAUUAAUAUCUUGUUAGACUGUUGUGCAACAGACCCUAUUCAAUAGGCGACUAUGAGCUUCACGAGGUCCCAGGGUGAUCCCUUAUAAAAGGUGCGGGGUACGCCGGAUGCUCGUCAGAAAACCGUACAAACAAAAACCCUAAACGAGACUUUUUGACCGCUAAAAAAGGCAAAAGUAUUAAAAACUGGCAACCAAUUCAUGCAACCAGCUACGAGCUGUAGUGAUUUAAUUAUUGCGCGAAAGACAGUACACGGCGUUUGUAUAUAUUUCCCUCCACACUCUCCUGAGUAUAAUACCUUUCCGUUCUAGCAAUUUACACCCCUCUAGCUGAGAAGAGGAGCAUCUUCUUCUCUUUUACAAGGGUAUACCCCGGAAGGCAAAUAGCAUUUGUUUUGCUCGCUUACGUACUCUUGUCGAGAUAUGUGCAUAAUUAAAAUAUCUAUCACAAAAUUCCAAAAAUAGGCGCUUCCAUUUACAGCCAAAUGCAAAAUAAGGUUCCCAAUAUAAUACUCCCUUAGAUUAAUUUACUUAUUUUGUAGUAAAAACAGCUCUGAUUGCCAUUUCUUUUGAACAGGUAUAAUAGUGGACAACACAGGAAGUUAUGUUUACUCAUUCUACAUGACUGGUGGUGUUCUUCUGGUCGCAUUUCUGAUUCCAAUGGUUUUGAUUCCUAUCAAUCAUAGAAGUAUCAGAGUUCUUCCUCAGAGCCACGUUAAUAACGAUAAACAAAUGGUUAGAGAAAGAACGGAAGGGAUUAAGACUCACGGUCAAACUCAUCAAGAAGAAAUCCCUAUAUAGAAGUUCUUUUGGAUCAGUUAUGGGUGCCUAAAAAGUACCAAGCGAAAAUUUAGUUACGAGCUGAAGAGUCGAGUAGGAAGAUGGGGUCCCCAUGCACCCCAUUGAUAUUUUCUACAUUAUUUUUUUAAAAUCCUCACGAUAUGUGUGAUCCUCAAAUAAAUUUGUGUUUUUCUAUCACGAAAUAUUUUACCAAAGCCUUUUUGGUUUGUCUGUACCUCAAUCCCAACGAUAAUCCCUCAAACCUCAGAAAGAACGUAACUCUACUUGCAUACUGAAAAGUUUCUUUUUUUUUCAAGGAAGGUCUAAAUGGUUCUACAGUCUGCUUUCUGUUUGUUUGUUUGUCUGUUUUUUUAUUGUCAUUAUUUCUUUUUUCUUGAUGAC